GUUUCAUUACGGCCAGAUUCCUCGAUUUUCGCCGUCGCCCUCUGUACUUUCCAUAGAUUUGAAAUCCGUCCUCGUUUGCGCAUUUGCUUUCGUUUAAUUUUUUUUUAUUUUACCUUUUUGUUGUUGUUUGGUUCUAUUCGUUUUAUUUUGUUACUGUUUGAUCUCAAAUCCUGCUCUAUUCUUCGUUUACUAUUUCAAUUCGAUUCUUCAACCGAACGAAGAAGAAGAAGAGAAGCGUUACUGAGAGGUUUAUGGUAGAAUGAAUCAAGGAGGGAAUACUCAGACCGUGGCACCACCACUUGACCCUAAUUCCAUUGAGCAACGAUAUGGUGUUGAUGGAAGCCAAGUGCAGAUAUCUCCAUAUCAGUACUCAACUGGGUCGGACGGUGCCUCAUGGACAGCACCUAGGGUGGACAAUCAGGUUGUGCAGAAUGGGAAUGGGAACUAUUCAAAUCCAAACUAUUACCAUCCACAGCCUACAGUGCCACCCACAGGGAAUGUGCAAGAAACACCGUAUACUGCACCCUUCACUAGCUCAUCCACGUCUGAAACUGCAAAUGUAGCUCAGGAUUAUAGUGGAUAUACGCCAUACCAGACUUCUAGUGAUCCACCGCAAAACUACUCAAACACGGUAUAUUCCAAUUACUACAGUGGCUACCAACAGCAGCAACCAAGCCAGUCAUAUCCUCAGCCUGUAGGGGCGUAUCAAAACACAGGUGCUCCUUAUCAGCCUAUUUCAUCAUUUCAGAAUCCAGGAUCUUAUGCUGGGACUCCAAGUUAUUCAGGAACUUACUACAAUCCUGCUGAUUAUCAGACUACUGGAGGUUACCAAGGUACAAAUUAUAACAACCAAACAGCUGGAGGUUACCCAAGUACAAAUUACAGCAAUCAGACUCCUACAUCAAACCAGGGAAACCAUACAUCAAACCAGGGAAACUAUACAUCAAACCCUUAUCAGAGUUAUACUGCUGACGCUGCAAACACUCAUAGCUCUACCGUUGCAACCACUACACCUGUACAUUAUCAACAGAACUACCAACAGUGGCCAGCUUACUACAGUCAAACAGAAGUCCCAUGUGCCCCGGGGACGGAAAAGUUGCCUGCCACUAGUGCAGCUAGUCAGAGCUUUCCAGUUCCUGGUGUUACUAAUGAAAUUCCUGCUUCAAAUGGCCAACCUGUUCCGUCUUAUGCCCAACCUUGGAGGCAGGAAACCGACUUAUCCCAGCCGCCUUCUCAGCAGCCUGCUGCUGCGGUGAGUGCCUCUAAUGAUGCUUACUGGAUGCAUCAAACACAAAAUCAGCAAGCUCAUUACCCCGUUCCUCCACAGAAUCAUUACCAGAGUCCUCUGGAGACGAAACCCUUAUAUAAGACUCCCUUUCAGGGUCACCAGAGAGCUACAUAUCCUCAAGAAAUGAACUCACAGUCUUCCGUUCAUCAGGCCCCGAUAGGCUAUCGCCAGCCUACUCAGACUACACCGUCAGUGGAUACUCAAAGGGUAAGCAAAGUACAGAUUCCAUCUAACCCUAGAAUUGCUUCAAAUUUGCCAUCAGGUUAUACCAAAAUGGAUAAAAGUAAUUCAGCAGCCGGUGCAACCCAAACACCUGCAUAUGUUAGUGUUUCAAUGCCAAAGCCGAAAGGCCAUGCCACUGCUGUUCCUGAGCCUGGAACCUUACCGAAAUCGCUUUGUGGGUUUGUCGAGAGAGCUUUUGCACGCUGCAAAGAUGAUAAAGAAAAGGCAUCUUGCCAGGUUGCCCUGAAGAAGGUCAUCACGGAAGCUAGGGAUGAUGGCACUCUCCAUACUCGGGAUUGGGAUACCGAGCCUCUCUCAACUGUUCUUGACACAGAUGUGACUAACAUUGAGUCGAGCUCCACUCUUGUAUCUUCGUUGCAAAAUAAGAGCCCAACAAAACGUCCCAAAAGUAGAUGGGAGCCGCUAGUGCAAAAACCAUUUGUCAAAUCACCUUCAACUUUCAGCAGUGGUGUUAAGUUUGGAGGUUGGAAUCCGCAAAAUCAAAAUAACAAAAAGAGCUUUGAGAGUUAUCAAAAGUCGGAUGCUGUCACUGACUCCAAGUCCACUUACUCUUGGCAAAAUUCAGCAAAAAAGAGCUUCCAGCGGCCUGUCAAGCGACAGCGUUUUUCUGGUGGUGCAGUAGCUACUGCCAUUGAUGAUGGGGCAUCUAGUGAUAGUGACAAGGAUCUGACACCUUACAAAUCCAGCCCCAUGUCACUUGCUACUUCUGCCGAGGAAACAAAGCGGCGUGAUAGUCGUUCCAAGCGUUUUGAGAAAGUUCAAGGGAACAGCCGAAGGAAUGAUAUUCCUAGACCUAAUAAUGUGGGGAAUUUACAUUCUAGAAGAGGCACUGCACUGCGACUUGGGGAAGAUUUUGAUGAAAGUGGCUGCAGAUCUGUGGAAGACAUUGAUUGGAAUGCACUAACUGUUAAAGGAACUUGCCAGGAAAUUGAGAAACGUUAUUUCCGUCUCACUUCUGCACCGGAUCCUUCCGCGGUAAGACCAGAGGAUGUGCUGGAAAAAGCUCUGUUAAUGGUUCAGGAUUCUCAGAAGAAUUAUCUUUACAAGUGUGAUCAGCUAAAAUCUAUUCGCCAAGACCUCACAGUACAGCGGAUACACAAUCAUUUAACAGUGAAGGUCUAUGAAACACAUGCUAGAUUGGCUUUGGAAGCUGGGGAUUUACCCGAGUACAAUCAGUGCCUGUCACAGUUGAAAAUCUUAUAUGCCGAAGGUAUAGAAGGAUGCUCCCUGGAAUUUGCUGCGUAUAGCCUGCUCUAUAUUACCUUACACUCUAACAAUAACCGAGAACUACUUUCAUCUAUGUCCAGAUUAUCCAAGGAAGCUAAAAAGGAUGAAGCAGUUAGACAUGCACUCUCAGUUCGUGCAGCUGUUACAUCUGGAAAUUAUGUUAUGUUUUUCAGACUCUACAAGACCGCGCCAAACAUGAACAGCUUCCUCAUGGAUCUCUAUGUGGAGAAGAUGCGUUAUAAGGCAGUGACUGUUAUGUCCCGGAGCUGUCGUCCUACAAUCCCAGUUUCAUACUUAGCUUAUGUGUUGGGGUUUACUAAUACUUCAAGCGAAGGUACUGGUGAAAAGGAGACCGAUGGUAUGGAAGUGUGUUCUGAAUGGCUAAAAGCCCAUGGCGCCAGCCUCAUAGUUGAGAGUAACGGAGAUAUGCUUCUUGAUACCAAGGCGUCAACAACGAGUCUCUUCAUGCCAGAACCUGAAGAUGCAGUUGCUCAUGGAGAUAAAAAUCUAGAUGUCAAUGAUUUUUUUACUCGUACAUCAUGA